ACUCGAGCGCUUACGUCAUGGCGCAGGAAUUUCUUGGGCGGGCCUCAACACAUAACCAGACUUACACGCGAAAGUGCUUCAGUAAGAACUGAAGGAUUUCUGUUGUCGUUUAGUUGCUUGCAGAUAAGCAUUUGUAAGAAAGUCUCAUUAAAGUUCCAUCAUGUCAAGCAAAAGGACAAAGGGAAAGACCACCAAGAAGCGCCCUCAGCGGGCAACUUCCAAUGUGUUUGCUAUGUUUGAUCAGUCUCAAAUUCAGGAGUUCAAAGAAGCAUUCAAUAUGAUUGACCAGAACAGAGAUGGCUUUAUUGACAAAGAAGAUCUGCAUGACAUGUUGGCAUCACUUGGAAAAAAUCCUUCAGAUGAUUAUUUGGAUGCUAUGAUGUCAGAGGCUCCUGGCCCUAUUAACUUCACAAUGUUUCUAACUAUGUUUGGUGAAAAGUUGAAUGGUACAGACCCAGAAGAUGUUAUAAGAAAUGCAUUUGCCUGCUUUGAUGAAGAAGCAACAGGUUUUAUUUCAGAUGAUUACCUACGGGAGCUGCUGACUACAAUGGGAGACAGGUUUACAGAUGAAGAAGUAGAUGAGCUGUUCAGGGAGGCACCAAUUGACAAAAAAGGCAACUUCAAUUAUCCUGAGUUUACACGCAUCUUAAAACAUGGUGCCAAGGACAAAGAUGAUUGAAUGUAAACCCUAAAAACCAACUGUUUUUUAUUGUAUCCUGCUUUUACUUGGGGAGUUCUUGCCCACUAGUAAAUCUUGAUGCAUGCUUUACGCGUCCGAGAUUCUGCUUAUGUUUGUAUUUAUAGACUUAUUCCAGGAUGUUCUGGUACUAUUUUUUUGCGCACACAGGUGAAAUUCAAGGUGAAGUGCCGUGGAGUAGUAUGGUUCUAGGGAUCAAAGUAUGUGAAAAGGGAAUGACCCAGAAAAUAAAAUUGCCUCUGCCAGUCUAUUAGAGCUGGAUUUUUAUGAUAUAAAACUUGUUUCUGCUACAAAAGA